CCCGGAUGUGCCGUAGGGUCAAUUGUCUAGUUCGUUGAUGAUGGAUGAAGACGAGACAUCGUACAGGUGGGAGACGGAGUAUGAACGGUCAUGGGAAAAUAUCCAGGAAGACGACAGUGGGACACUGAAAGCAAUCGUGGCUGAUGAAGGAGAGAAAAUGAGAAGAAGACCACCAGGAGGAAAGAAGAGGAUCAGACUGGGAAUGAUGCGGCACCUGUUUCUUAUUGUUGACCUCAGUAAUGCCAUGGAUCAGAAGGAUCUGAGACCAUCAAGACUUAGCUGUACUUUGAAGGUUGCAGAAAAUUUCAUCUUGGAAUUCUUUGACCAAAAUCCAAUAUCUCAGUUGGGUGUGAUUGUAACAAGAAGUUCCAAAGCAGAGAAGGUAACAGAUCUUGGAGGUAAUCCAUAUCAUCAUGUAAACAAAUUGAAAGAGGUAGCCAGCUGCAGAGGUGAGCCGUCACUCCAAAAUGCAAUGGAGAUGGCACUGCAGUCUCUCAAACAUGUUCCAAGUCAUGUUUGUCGUGAAAUCAUCAUUGUGAUGGCAAGUUUGACAACAUGUGACCCUGGAGACAUCCUAGACACAUGUGAAAGUCUUGUUGCUCAUAGAAUCCAAUGUAACAUAGUAGGCUUAGCAGCUGAAGUUCACCUGUGCAAGAGGAUAUGUGAAAGAACAAAAGGCCAAUAUGGAGUUAUUCUAGAUGAAAGACAUUUUAAAGAGUUGCUGAUGCAGCAUGUCACCCCUCCACCGGCUUUGGAAAGUGCUGAAGCAUCACUAAUACGAAUGGGAUUUCCUCAUCACCACUCAACUGCUCCUGCUUCAUACAGCAUGUGUCAAUUGGACAGCAGUGAUGCAGCUCUGGGUACUGUGGGAUACUUCUGUCCACAGUGCAAGGCAAAGUAUCUUGAUCUUCCAGUUGAAUGCAAGCUUUGCAGAUUGAUGUUGGUAUCAGCUCCUCACUUAGCACGGUCAUAUCAUCACUUCUUUCCCCUACCUGUCUUUAACGAACAGCAUCCUACAGAAACAUGGUUGUGCUUAGCAUGUCAGUCUCACGUGAGUUCAACAGCAUACGAAUGCAGUGAAUGUCACCAACUUUUCUGCCCUCAAUGUGAAACAUUCAUCCACGAGACGUUACACAUGUGUCCUGGCUGCUGCAGCAGUUUGCCAUCACAGACUAAUGAUACGGUCAAGAGCUGAACUUUUGC